UAAGAAGAAAAUAAAUUAACAAAAUAAAAAUGUCUGAUGAUGAUCAACCUGCACCAUCGCAUUAUCGCAAAAAACCUGGACGUCCGCCGCCGCCUCAACGUCCCGGAUCUGAUUCACGUCAAUCGGCACCGCCCAUACAACCUCGAUCGGUACGAUUGCCACUGCCGGUUGGUGUUAAAAAGACAAAUGUUUUACGUAUGGCUGUGCCAAAAAAGACACGAGAAGAUGUCACCGAUGAUGAGGCGCCGUCGACCUCAACCCGGGACUCUCAAACGCUAAAAGUCUCACGUCGCGUUCACGUUAAGCUGCCUGAGAAAGAAGAGGCCCAACCACUCGAUUCGAAUCAAGAAACCCCGACAAGUCCUCCAACACGAUCGGAUAAGCUUCUCAAGUUUUUAAACAGAAGGAAAUCGCCGACAGUGGAUAACCCGGAUGAAUCAAGUCAACAAAGCAGUUGGCGUCGCAGACCCACUCUUCACCGAAACAGUCCGACAGCCAGGAUAAAAACAUCGGGCAUUUCAUAUACAACCGAUGAAGAAGUACGCGAUGCUCUAAUGGAAUUUGCGGUCUUUAUCGCAUUCCUUUUACUAACUUCAAUGGUUACUCUAUCGGUACGACAUUCAUACAUGUUUUAUUUCAACGAUACCAUGAAGAAGCUGUUUACCACACGUGAAUUGGUUGUAGCACCGUCAGUGACCGUGUCUUUUGAGAAGUUAAUCACAGUGCCGGAUUGGUGGGAUUUUUUGAUUUAUAAUUUUCUGGUUACACUGCAUGGCGACAUGUCGACCGUCAGUUACGAUGGGUCGCAUGUAGACGACGAUGAGAUAACGACGGCAUCACCGGGAGACACUACUAAGAGUCGUAAGAAACGAAAAAGACGUCACGAUGCAACCGAAGAAGAUGAUGAUCUACCCGACUUUCGAGCUUUUAGCGCAAAUCGAACCCAUCUUGACGGUCGUAUCUUUUUGCAUGAGAAUCUUUUGCUUGGACCGCCUCGUCUUCGACAAAUACGUGUUAUGAAGGAUACUUGCUUUGUGAAUGAUGCGUUCAUACGUUAUUUCAACACAUGCUAUGACUCGUAUUCCGCGGGAGCGGAAGAAAUAAAACCCGAGCAUGGCGGAGCCGCGUUUCGGACAAUGAAAGAAUUGGACUCGACACCAAUUUGGACCGUUCUUAAUUCAUACACCACCGGUGGCUAUACCGUUAAUUUGACCUAUGACAGAGACAAAAACCUGAAAAUAAUCAAUGAUCUAAAAAUGAAUCAUUGGUUGGAUCGUGGAUCACGUCUAUGUCUUGUCGAAUUUAAUCUUUACAAUGAAAAUACAGAUAUUUUCCAGAGCGCCAAAUUGAUUGCGGAAAUUCCACCUACAGGAGGGGUUUUGCCACAGAGCCAUCUACAGACAGUAAAACAUUUUUCAUUUAUAACAGAUAAAAGUCUCUUUAUGUCAGUUGUCUAUAUUUUCUGGUAUAUUAUGGUCAUAUACUAUAACAUAAAUGAGAUUCACGAAAUACGAAAAUCAGGCUUUAAGAAAUAUUUUCGUAGUCUUUUAAAUAUACUCGACUCCAUCAUUUUAGUGUUCUGUUAUCUGGCAUUGUUGUAUAAUAUAUGGCAUACAUUAAAGGUAAAGACUUUGAUUAGUCAGGCGAAAGUCGGAGAGGAAUAUCAAAGUUUAGAUACGCUCUGCUUACUGAACACCGUUUACGUGGAUAUGAUGGCAAUUUUAGCGUUUCUUGUCUGGAUUAAAAUCUUUAAGUUUAUCAGUUUCAAUAAGACUCUCGUACAAUUUACAACAACUUUAAAACGCUGCUCCAAGGACUUGGCUGGUUUUAGUCUUAUGUUUGGCAUUGUAUUCUUAGCCUAUGCCCAACUGGGUCUAUUGCUAUUUGGUACAAAGCAUCCAGAUUUUCGUAACUUUAUCACCUCCAUAUUGACCAUGAUGCGCAUGAUUCUUGGCGACUUUCAAUAUAAUCUAAUUGAGCAGGCAAAUCGUGUUCUUGGGCCCAUCUACUUCUUAACCUACAUUCUCUUGGUCUUCUUCAUUCUAUUGAAUAUGUUCUUGGCCAUUAUUAUGGAGACAUACAACACGGUUAAAAGUGAAAUAACCCAAGGUCGUAGCCAACUUGGCAGUUAUGUCUAUAAGAAAUUGGCUGCUUUGUUCUAUUUUAUAUCUCACUGUGGACGAAGGCGUCGAAAUCGCGAUACUAUUAAUCCCGAACCGGAGAAACAAGAAUUCACUGACGAUCCAACUGCUGCCGUUCGCCAGGAAACGUCCAAAAUUCAAUUACGCCGGAAUAUGACUGAAUCUGAGGGUCACUACUUUGAGGAUGUUCCAAAUGAAGUCAAUAACAAGGAUAUGUAUCGUCUGACCAAUCGUGUGUCAUUGCUGGAGGAAAUUUUGGAACAACUCGUUACCAAUAUGGAUGUCGUCUUGAAGCGCGUGGAGAGAGAAAUUAGGAAGCGCAAAUAGAACAAAACUAUUUAACUAUUGUUCCAUUUGUUGAAAUAAAAUGUUAAGCGUUGCAAG